AACCUACAAAAUAAAAAGAGAAAUACUGUAAAAAAUGAAGUAUCCAAUUCUAAUGGCUAUCAUCGUAUGCUUCCUGUCCGGCGGAGCCACUCUGGGGCCCAAGCGCAAGGGGAAUGAAUCUCUGGUGGAGACCACUGCUGUAUCCAACUUUACGGAGUUCUUGAAGGUACCCUUCCAUAAGGAAGACGAUGAUAUGUACACCCUUAUGAGCCUCUCCUUGAACCAGAAGAUGCGGGAGGUCCUGACUUUUAUGCAUUGGGCCUACAAGUACACGGUCGCCAAAGUGAGGAGGGGAAUCAACCGCUUUGAGAAUAAUAUGGAGAUUCUGCGUGAGUUGCAUCGCCGUCACCAGAAGGACGCAUUGAACGUGGGAAUGCGUGCGAAACAACGUCGGAUCAGGAACAUAAGGCCCAUGGCGCCAUUCAAACUCGCCCGUCAGGUUCGACCAUUUCCAGUGCGUUUGCUGACCGAACCCGAUAUUCUAUCUCAAUUGGCUGCCAACAUCAACAACACCACCGGGGAGGACUUCAUGGUGUCCAUCGUCGCCGCAAUUUAAGUCGAGAGGAUUUCCAAAGAAACAAUAUUUAACAUAUAUUAAAAUUAUAUCAAUUCUUACACUUCCAAUAAUACGCAUUAACGUUUCGAACAUUUACAAGAUUUACAUUUACAAAUUUGCUAUUAUUUCGAUUUUUUGUUAGAUAUUAAAUUUAAAUCAAAAUCAA